UCGAUUACUUGACUUGUCUUUCUCUGAAAGCGCAUGCGCGCCCUUCCUCCUCCCUUUCUGCCAAAAGUAUCCGCCAUGGCUCCACUCAAGAAGCCUAUAGUGAAGGGUGGCAAGAAGAAGAAGCAGGUCCUGAAGUUCACGCUGGACUGCACCCACCCUGUUGAAGAUGGCAUCAUGGACGCGGCCAACUUUGAGCAGUUCCUCCAGGAGCGCAUCAAGGUCAACGGUAAAGCUGGGAACUUGGGUGGUGGCGUGGUGUCAAUCGAAAGAAGCAAGAGCAAGAUCACCGUGACCUCAGACAUCCCCUUCUCCAAGAGGUACCUGAAAUACCUUACUAAAAAGUACCUGAAGAAGAAUAACCUGCGAGACUGGCUGCGUGUCGUGGCAAACACCAAGGAGAGCUACGAACUGCGCUACUUCCAGAUCAACCAGGACGAGGAGGAGGAAGAGGACGAGGAUUAAACUCAUGUUCUUUUGUAAAAUUAAUAAAUUUUCAAAAGAA